AUGCAGGGCAAAGCGAUACGAUGGCUGGGGGUCUUCGCCGCCUUGAUAGCUACCGGGGCCAACUGGGAAGCAGGUGAGGGGGGCACCUGGCUGGGAUGGGGUGGGAGGGGGGAAGGAUGCAGAAUCGUGGGGGUAGCGGGGGCGGGCGGGAAGGAAUGGGAUCAGAAAUGGAUGUGAGUGACAGGUGAAAACAGGAGAAGAAAGAAACAGAUGUGGGAAAGGAGGAGGGGAACGUAAAGGGGGGUAAAUAUCCAGCCCAUUAGAGCGGAGGAAAAAAUGGGGGCGAGGGGGGGAGAGCAGGAGAACAAUAAAGGAGAUAAAAGGGGGCCGGAGGUUGAAUGGGAAAGCAUAAUACGCGAGGUCCCCUAGAGCGCAGACCCGGCUCUGGUGCUAGGGAACCCGGGAGUCUCGGCACCAGCCCUUUCUGGACCCUUUGCUCUACGAACUUAUAAGGCUGCCUGUUUAUCAUCCAUCCCAUUGGACCUGAAGCCGCUUUCAGCUAAAUGCCAAAUUGGUUCGGGGCUGGGUGAGAUGAGCGUUGCAGCACUCUGUACAUGCUCUUGCCCUGAUUGUUAUACUCGCGUUCCAAAAAUGAAACCUGGCAUCAAAGCACAGGCUCAGAUUAAUUCCUACUUUUCACCCAGAAUUCUGUUCUCUGGUCUAAAACAGUAGACCCGUUCCCCCUUUUUGGAUAACUUUGGACAUCUUGCUUUUCACCUUCAUCGGCACGACCCUGGAGACUGAAAUGUUGUUAAAGGACAAAGACGUCCUGGUUUCCAGCUGUAUACAGUUUCCCCAAACUGCUAGCCCUCCCUGCUUCGUAUACCCACCCCUUUGGAGAGAAAAAAAAGUUGACUCUUCCCUUGCUUUGUUUCCUUCAGAGAGUAACAGCUCUGUGAUAGGCAACUAUUCAACAGGUGCAGUUCCUCCCCAUAUAGAGAUACUGAGAUGGUAAAUGCUCUCUACCUGUUUGAUCCCUGCUUUUGUGAAGCCCGCAGGAGCCCUGGGUGAGGAAAAAGAAGGUGGCAGUCCUGUUUUCUGACUACGCUUACACUUUUGCACAUUGAAAUGCAAAAAUAACAAGAGAGGAUCUUUGUUCAAUAUGAAAUGCUGAAGUCAGGGACGCGAUAAAACUUCUACGCAUUAACCAUGCUGGUUUGGUGCAUCUGGCUGCCCCUGUUGCAAGUUUUUUCAGAAAGCCAUAACAUUUAUUUAUUUUCCAGACCCCCUCUGCCCAGCCAAGUACAAAGUCAACUGUCUGCUCCGUCAACGUCUGGGCUGCGGGCCGGAAGGAGCACCGACCUGUGGCCCUUGCUUCCCCAAUUAUGAGGAGGACUCUAGUGGAAACUGUGUGCAGAAGAAGGUCCCUAAGCAGGGUGAGGUCUGUGGGGAGUUGGGAGGGACCUGGGGAAGAGUCCAAGGGCUUUAGAGGGACAGCUGAAUGGCUGAGAAGACUGGGAGCAGAGAGGGGAUCUGUAAAAAAGGUAAAAGUAAAGGACCCCUGGACGGUUAAGUCCAGUCAAAGGCGACUAUGGGGUGCAGCGCUCAUCUUGCUUUCAGGCCGAGGGAGCCGGCGUACAGCUACCGGGUCAUGUGGCCAGCAUGACUAAGCCGCUUCUGGCGAACCAGAGCAGCGCACGGAAACGCCGUUUACCUUCCUGCCACAGUGGUACCUAUUUAUCUACUUGCACUGGUGUGCUUUCGAACUGCUAGGUUGGCAGGAGCUGGGACGGAGCGACAGGAGCUCACCCGUUGUCAUGCAGUCAUGCAGACUGUGACUAAAGGCCUGAUUUUCUCUCUCAACGUCUUCUCUCUUUUUUCAGAAAGCAAAACAAAAGGCCAGAAAAAGCCCAAAGACCUGCUCGCUCUCAUUCUUUCCCUCUUAGCCAAGCACGAGAAAGGGCUGAAGCCAUCAGACAUGGAGACCACCUGGCCUGGUAGGCGAAGCCAACAGACGCACCUCUUUUCCCAGCAUACAUAGGGAGCUGCCUUAGACCAAGUUAGAUGAUUGGUCCAUCAAGCUCACUCCCAGCAUUCCAGACCCACUGGCUGUGCUGAUGGGAACUGGAGCCCAUGAACAUCUGGGAAGGUCACCGUUUAGCUUACCCCUAGUGUUGUCCUGAGGGCUAGAAACUAUGACUGUCAUAUUUAUUUAAACUUAAGGGGCUGAGAAUACAACACAAAACCAGCCCAGGUGGUCAUCCCACUGUUAAGUACUACAUGUUUUCCCAUCAGUUCCUUUUUGAUAGCUCCCUGAACCACAUCUCCUUACCUUUGAUGAUGGCUUUCUCCUGGAGAUUCAGAUUGGUUGUUCUGAAGGGUUUCCCUGAAGAACAGCCUCAUUUGAAACAGAUUGGGCCUAGUAACUGGUUUCUUGCUGAUUUAUUUAUCUUGUUGACCAUGCUCUUCCGCAGAAGUGUCUCAGGGAGCCUUUUCAGCUGUUCCACUAGGGGGUGAUAUAAUGCAAGGGAGUAAGGGAAAAGAUUUUCCAACUAAUUUAAGGUGCCUCCAGACUGUCACUAUUUGCUGGGUGCAAGUAGUAGUAGAAGUCUACAGCUGAAGAGCUUCUGUUGUCCUACUGUAACCUAUCCACUUAAUAAUAAUAAUAAUAAUAAUAAUAAUAAUAAUAAUAAUAAUUUAUUAUUUAUACCCCGCCCAUCUGGCUGAGUUUCCCCAGCCAUUCUGGGCGGCUCCCAAUCAAGUGUUAAAAACAAUACAGCAUUAAAUAUUAAAAACUUCCCUGAACAGGGCUGCCUUCAGAUGUCUUUUGAAGAUAGGAUAGCUGCUUAUUUCCUUCACAUCUGAUGGGAGGGCGUUCCACAGGGCAGGCGCCACUACCGAGAAGGCCCUGUGUCUGGUUCCCUGUAACCUCACUUCUCGCAAUGAGGGAACCGCCAGAAGGCCCUCGGAGCUGGAUCUCAGUGUCCGGGCUGAACGAUGGGGGUGGAGACGCUCCUUCAGGUAUACUGGACCGAGGCCGUUUAGGGAUUUAAAGGUCAGCACCAGCACUUUGAAUUGUGCUCGGAAACGUACUGGGAGCCAAUGCAGAUCUCUCAGGACCGGUAUUAUGUGGUCUCAGCAGCCGCUUCCUGUCACCAGUCUAGCUGCCGCAUUCUGGAUUAAUUGCAGUUUCCGGGUCACCUUCAAAGGUAGCCCCUUAAAACAGCAACAUCAGACUUUGAGUGGUUUGGAAAGGGACGGCGCACUGAGAAAUCUGGGAUGAGGAAAUAAUUAACGGGAAGGUGCAGGUAAAUAAACAGGAAUUCUGGAUGACUGCUCACAAUAUUGUAUAACCUCUCUUGCAAACUAAUCAGAAUGAAUACUUGAUAAAGACCAGACAGUGCACAGGAACUUCCUCCCCUCCUCAUUUCUGCAUCACCACACCCUCCUCAAAUCUGCUCCUGGAGGGGAGGUCAGGAGAAGUCCCAGAACAGAAUAUGGGUGGAGGAGAGGAGAGAUUGUUCUGUUGAUGAGCAGAAAUGCUUGGCACAAUCUAAUGAGCACCAGGUUGAAUGCAACCCAUAGGCUCAACUCCCCUGUUAGGUCCAAUCUGAUGCAAACAAACUCUCCUAGCUCAGUCGGUAGAGCAUGAGACUCUUAAUCUCAAGGUUGUGGGUUCGAGUCCCGCAUUGGGCAAAAGAUUCCUGCAUUGCAGGGGUUUGGACUAGAAUGAACCUUGUGGGCCCUUCCAGCUUUAUGAGUCUAUGAAUGCAACUCAUUGUCUAACUUCCGCAUAAGCUUUGUGCAAGUAAAUCAGGACGAGAGCUCCGUAAAUAAGAAGACUUUAUUUAUAUUGACACCUUGCUUUUCAGGCAGCAUGGAGGGGUUUGAACCACCCAGCUCCCCCACUUCCUUCCCCACCUCUUUCCCCCCAAACGCCUCCUACUCCGUGAGCGGCAGCCCAGCUUCUUCUGAGUCGUAUGAAGACACUCCAGUCUCAGCCACCACGCCCCCCACAAGAGUGAAAGUGGAUUUCAAGCAAAGGUCCCGACCUCCGGCUACAAGUCUGAACAAAGCGGUGUCGCUUAGUGAGUAGGAGCUAUUCUGCCAGGAUGGGGGGGUGGCGGCGGCGGCGAGGGAGACACAGGAACCAGGCUGCUUGGAGAGUGGGAAUGUGGGGUGUGGCGAAUGGAUGGCUUUAAUAGAGGGUUAGACAAUAUCAUUGGGGUGCAUGGGGUGUUAGAGGAGGGGUUGCACCUCUGUUGGGGGGGUACAUCAUGCUUCUUCUAGGAUGGUUUGUCACCUUGCACUCAGCUCUCACCUGCAGCUCCUAGAAGCUGCCAGCAUGCAACAGCAGCCACAUCUGGGAACAGCUUUGAAUGGCUGGCUAAACCAGUUUCUGAAGAAGUGUGCAUGCACACGAAAGCGUAUACCCAGAACAUGCUUAGUUGGUCUCUAAGGUGCUACUGGACAAUUUUUUAAUUUAUUUCGACUGCGUCAAACCAACAUGGCUACCUACCUGAAUCUGGCUAAACCAGGUGAGGGGAGCCGACGGGUCUCAAAGCCUUGGUGAGUUAGGGUCCUCCCCUGCAUGCAAAGACAGGCUCCGGUGGACUGAGUGGAUGAGACCAAUUGUGGGUCAACCAGUCAAGAAGGCAGUUUCUGCACAUGCUGUAGAGAAGAAGAAGAGGAGGAGUUUGGAUUUGAUAUCCCGCUUUAUCACUACCCUAAGGAGUCUCAAAGCAGCUAACGUUCUCCUUUCCCUUCCUCCUCCACAACAAACACUCUGUGAGGUGAGUGGGGCCGAGAGACUUCAGAGAAGUGUGACUGGCCCAAGGCCACCCAGCAGCUGCAUGUGGAGGAGCGGGAAGCGAACCCGGUUCACCAGAUUACGAGUCCACCUCUCUUAACCACUACAGCACACUAGAGGGGGCAGAUGGGGCUCAUCCACCUGGGAAAAGAGCAUGGGCAUAGCAGCUGCCCCCCUAGAUCAAGCAAAGCAAUAAAAAUACUUCACUAACUUACCAAUCAUGCCAGUUCUGCCCCCCCCCCAACAAAAAUCCUGGCUACGUCCAUUAUAGUCCACUGUUGGGAGGUUGGAUGCUUCUGAAUACCAGUACAGUGGUCCCUUGGUUCUCAAACCUAAUCCAUUCCGGGAGUCCAUUUGACUCCUGAAACUGUUUGAAAACCAAGGCGCGGCUUCCGAUUGGCUGCAAGAGCUUCCUGCACUCAAGCAGAUGCUGCGUCAGACGUUCGGCUUCCGAAAAACGUUCGCAAACCGGAACACUUACUGCCGGGGUUUUGGCGUUUGGGAGCCAAUUUGCUCGACAACUAAGCCGUUUGAGAACCAAGGUACCGAUGUAGCUGGAAAUCGCAGGAAGGGAGAGUUCUGCUGUGCUUAGGUCUCCUGUUUGCAGCUGGCCACUGUGAGAACAGGACUCUGGAUCAGAUGGGCCACUGGUCUGAUCCUGCAGGCUCCUCUUCAGUCCUUAUGUGUUUGUUUCUAGAGGUGCUCCUUUAUACCUGACACUCAAAGGGUUAACUGUGGUCCUUACAGCUCUCGUGGUGAUGUGCACAGUGACAGGGGUUUCCGGACUGGUAGUUGCUGCUAUGUGCUGGUACAGGUAAGAAAUGUCCUUCCCCCAUAUUUGCUAUGAUGAUGAUGAUGAUGUUAGCACAACAAUGUCAUUGGUACUUUACGAAGUUCCGCAAGCCAAAAGACCAGUCGUUGCCCCCAGUGAGAUUAAAAUCUAAAUUCAUUCAGGGAUGAAGUCAGCAUGCGAUAGAGAGAAGCAAAAACAAGAGAAAGGAGUGAGGCCUGCAACAAAAUGUUGCAGCACAGAGAGCCUUUUGUUCAGGAUUCCAGCUGCUCCCUCGCCCCUGGUUCACAUUCUUUUCCCCAGCAGCCAGCCUGGCUUGCACAAUGGGACAUUCCCUCCUCUCUCUCUCUCCCCCCCACCCCCGCCCCGGACCUCCUAAACCUGUUCUGGGAUCUCCCCCAACCCUCCAGAGCGCAACUGGGGGGCGCGGUAGGUGGGGGAGUCCUGUUAUACAAGCCAAACUAGUUCCAUGCACACAGCAACUUACUCGAAUCCUGCCCCACACAUUUGAAGCACAUGAUUUCCCCCCAAAGAAUUUUGGGAACCACAGUUUUUCAAUGGUGCGGGGAAUUUUUAGCCCUGCCAGGGGUGAACUGAAAUUCCCAGGAUUCUCUCUGGGGAGAAGCAGUGCACUUUAAAUUUAUGGUUUGUAUGCAACCCAGCAUCCAGUAUUCUGUGAAUACGAAGCAUGUGUUGUAUACAUUAGAGUUGUCAGGUUCCCAUCAUCACAAUUACAUUCCCCCCUCCCUUCAAAUGUACUUUGAACUCUUCCAAAUCGUGGGACUCCCCCAACUCUGCUGAUACAUUGCUAUUGUGCAUGAGUGAUGCAUUUUUUUGCUAGGACAUAAUGCAAGUCCUUGAUUUCUUAUCACGUAUCAACAAUACCCAAGCAUGAUUCUGUAGAAAAUCUAUAAUUUGUUGCCUUCAGACUAUAAUUCCUUUUGCCUAUUAAUGUCUGAGAUCUCUGCAGGCUGUGUGUGUUUUUUCCAAUUUGAGUCAGUAUACGCAAGUUUAUAUGCAGUUUGUACGUAAUUAAUUGCAUUAGCUUUUAAAUGUUGAGCAUUCAUGUGAGGAAUUGCCUUUGUUUUUAUAGCUCCUUUGAAUAAUAAUUGACCCAAACAAGCUAGACUGUUUUGAAAACCAAAUUCUCCAGUGUUUUUUUGCAGCACCUUGAGAAACAGUUGCUUUGGGGGUGUUUUUUUGCUAGAUAGCCAUCGGCACUCACAACACUGAGCGUUUGAAAUAAAGGGAAUGAGAUUAGAUAGGUGAAAACACGGUUACGUAGGGUUGGCUUCCAUAGGGGAUGAUGAAACAGUUCUGAGACAAAAGGUUUUGUGAAAGAGAUGAAGCAACAGAGAAAAUGCGUACAGCAACAGAAGGCCAGAAGAGAGAGGAAGGAAGGUAGCCUUAUCAGAGCUUGCUUCUUCAAAUGUUUUUAAUUAUUAUGUUUUUAACUGUCCUACCUGUCAGGGUUGCAUACAUUGCCUCCCCCACCCUACCCCCAGAUUAUCCUAGUAGGACCCUUUGAGGUAGAUUAGAGCCUUCAUGUGGUUGGCCAAUUUUAGGGGGUUCGGCUAGAGGAUAUCUGGGGUCCCUUCCAACUCUACAAUUCUAUGAUUCUACGACUGAGUGGGGAUUUGAAUUUACAUCUUUCUAGCCAAAGAGCGAGGGACGCGGCUGGCACUGUGGGUUAAACCACAGAGCCUAGGACUUGCCGAUCAGAAGGUCGGCGGUUUGAAUCCCCGCGACGGGGUGAGCUCCCGUUGCUUGGUCCCUGCUCCUGCCAACCUAGCAGUUCGAAAGCACAUCAAAGUGCAAGUAGAUAAAUAGGUACCGCUCUGGCGGGAAGGUAAACGGCGUUUCCGUGCGCUGCUCUGGUUCGCCAGAAGCGGCUUAGUCAUGCUGGCCACAUGACCCGGAAGCUGUACGCCGGCUCCCUCGGCCAGUAAAGUGAGAUGAGCGCCGCAACCCCACGACUGGACCUAAUGGUCAGGGGUCCCUUUACCUUUACCUAGCCAAAGAGCAGUGAUUUAGCCAUCACUCCACCUUGGGGCAGGGGGUCACACACGAUAUCUAGAAGUCUUUUUUCUUUUUGCAAAAGAUAUCGGCCAUUUCUUUCACUCUGUACAUGCCCCAGUGCACUCUUUUUAAAAAAAAUCGUACUCUUGCCAAUCUGAUCUCAAAAGGCCCAUAUGCUACAAGCAAAAUGUCUCCCUACCACCCCACUCCACACAGAAGGAAAUGUGGCCUGCCCGGGUUUAAAAAGCAGGAAUAUGAAAACGACGCAGGGAGGCUGUUCUCACGAGAGCUUUUGUGGUGAUGCUGUAAACAUGUGCCAAAACUCAAAUUGCGGACUGUGGGGUUGUUUGCUUGCCAUGCUUAAAAUAAAUCAUCAUACGAUUCAUUUCCAGGCUACAGAAGGAAGUACACUUGACUCAGAAGAUGGCAUAUGCAGGCAGCCGGGGAAACCAAUACCGAUAUCACCAGCCCAGCGCAGUAUGUGACUUUGCCAUUGGUUUAAUGCUCACUUGGGGUGGGAGGUGCUGGGGCCCCCUGCCCCCCUGACAGCCCUCAGAUCAUCACUUUAGAACCCAAGGGGGACAUCCAGAGAACCUGAACGGGGGGGGGGGGGGGGAUUCAGGGGCAAGCGAAAGCCUGCAAUUCUUUAAACCCAGUUAAACUUUGGAACUCACUGCCACAAGAUGCAGCGGCCACCAACUAACUCACCACCCUGAGAGCUAUAUAAUACCCCUCGUAUUGGGAGCAGUAUAUGCCAGUGAGCUUCCCAGCAUCAGUUCAGCUACUGUGGGAAAUAAUAAUAAUAAUAAUAAUAAUAAUAAUAAUUUAUUUAUACCCCGCCCAUCUGGCUGGGUUUCCCCAGCCACUCUGGGCGGCUUCCAACUGAAUAUUAAAAACAACACAGCAUCAGAUAUUAAAAACUCCCCUAAACAGUUGUCUUUUAAAAGUAAAAUAGUUGUUUAUUGCCUUGACAUCUGGUGGGAGGGCGUUCCACAGGGCAGGCGCCACUACCAAGAAGGCCCUCUGCCUGGUUCCCUGUAACUUGGCUUCUCACAGGGAGGGAACCGCCAGAAGGCCCUCAGCACUGGACCUCAGUGUCCAGGCAGAACGAUGGGGGUGGAGACGCUCCUUCAGGUAUACUGGGCCGAGGCUGUUUAGGGCUUUAAAGCUCAGCACCAGCACUUUGAGUUGUGCUCAGAAAUGGGAAGCUGUGCUAAAUAAGCCUUUGUUUUGGUCCAAGCUGGGCUAGUCUUACAUUCUCUCUACUCCCCUCUAGUACAUGGACUCCCGACUAGCUCAGUCGUGCCAAGUCCACCACUAUCAACAUCAGAAGAAGCUUCUCACCACAACCAGUGAGGAGUAAGUGUGCUCUUUUCCACAUCUCUCCAUGGGAGUGGGAAGGUGGGGGCAAGCAGCAGAAAGGGGCUGCUUAAAGGCUCUCUGGUGAAACUUUCAGUCCCUUGAAAGCAGCUGGAAGAACCCCCCCCCCCAAGCCUGGGGCCAUUGCAGAUGUUUUGCUGGGUGGGGCGGGUGAAAGUUGCCAUUCAAAACUUCUGGCUGGAUAAAUUUCACACUGACUGUCUUUUCAGGCUCAAGGCAUAGUCCUGAUUAUUCUCCCCUGUCUUUUUAAUCACUUUUUAAAAGUGAUUUAACUGUUUUAACUUUGUUGGGUUUCCCCCACUUUAAUCUCUGUUUCCUUCAAUUUGUUCCCAAUCUUAUUAUUAUUAUUAAAUGCAUUCAUUUGGUUAUUCAAAUUAUAAUUUUACAGAAAUAUACCAAACAUAGAUCAUAAAAACAAGAUUCUCCCAUCCUCCCCUUUGUGGGUCCUGUUAUUUAUCAUUUCCGUCUGCUUCUUUUAUGGUAGUCCAAAUCUUUUACCUCUCCAUUGUAUCCAGAAUUCACCCUUAAACUACAAGUGAUAUUCCAAUCCUGCUAACGAUUUUAACUGUUUGCAAUGGUCUUUAAAAUAAGUUACAAAUUUUCCCUAAUUUGUUCCCAGGCUUAACUGAUGUCAUUUUUCCUUUUUAUCACACUGGAUAUUGUAUAUUUUAUCUUGUCAGCUGCUCAGAGAACUUCUUUGUAGCCUGUGGGGUAGCUCAGUCGGUAGAGCACAAGACUCUUAAUCUCAAGGUUGUGGGUUUGAACCCCACGUUAGGUGAAAUAUUUCCGCAUUUCAGGGGGUUGAACCAGUUCAUCUUUGGGGUCCCUUCCAACUCUACCAUUCUGUGAUCUCAUCAACACAAAGAUGUCUUUCUUUUUUCUGACCCUAAUCCUACACUAGACUACGCUACGCCGAAAUCUUUAAAUGUUUCUUUGAUUGUCCUUGAAUCUUCCCACCCCAUCCUUUCCUGCCACACCACAAGAGUAAAUCCAGGAGCCAGGGGGGUGGGGAGGAUAUAUUUUUGGAAAGCGGCUGGAACCUCUAGCAGUGUUGUCCAAACCUUUUUCUUUCUUUUUUUUAUAUAUUUUUGUUAGAUUUUUAAUAUAUCAUUUUCAACAGUCGUUCAACAUAGGUCACAUCUUAUACAAUUUUUUGGACUUCAACCACAUCUGAAAAUUUUCCAGUUUUUUUUCACUUAAUUUACAUUUCUUAAUUUCACUAUUGCUUUUAAUUAUCUACUAACUCUCUCAUCAUAACCUUCCUUAUAAUAUUUCAUAUAUUCCUCCUUACAAAACUUCUUGCAGCCCUACAAGCGUAAUCUGUUGAUUACAGUUACUUUUCAAACAGUUCGCAUAUUUAUUCCAGUCUUCUGAGAAUCUCUGGUCCCGCAGGUUUCGAAUCCUUCCUGUCAUCUUAUCUAAUUCUGCAUAGUCGGUGUCCAAACUUUUUUCAAAGAGGGCCAGAUUUGAUGAAGUGAAGGGCCGUAAGGGCCAGCCAAAGUUGUUGAUCUUUUUUCAGGAUUGAAGUUGUGGAGCUUUUUUUAGGGUCGAAAUUCUUGAGCUUCUUUUAGAAUUGAAGUUGUUGAGGUGUUGUUUUUUUUAGGAUUUUAGCCCAAGAAAUAAACAGCCACAGGGGCUGGAUUGAACCUACCAGCAGGCUGGACUAGGCCCCUAAAACGGAUUUUUGGACACACCUGCCUAGGGGUUUCCAUCUCCUGAGGUCCCUCAUCUCACACGGUUGCCUCCUUCCUUCAGCAGAGAAGCCCCCAAACCAGUAGAACAGCUCUCCACAGAGUCAGAGACUGAGAAUGGAGAUUACACCGUGUACGAGUGUCCGGGGCUGGCGCCGGUAUGUAUGGCAAGAGCCCAGGUUCAGUUUCUUGGCAUCUCCAGGUAAGGCCAGUGUUGGCAGUCCUGGCCUAGACGACCCGAUGAUCUGCCUCCUUAUAAGGCACCUUCCUGUGUGAUUUGGAAUGCUUCUAUGUGUGGUGUGUGAAGAGCCAACCCAGGGAAUUUUGCUGCCGGGGGCAGAAACCCUGGCGCCACCCCUGCCCUCCUGCUCCUUGCUGCCACACGGCGCCUGACAUUCACCUCUGCAGGGCACUCACCUCAGCCAGGUGCUUGCUGCUGCCUGCUCCUGGACCCUGGUGGCAGUGGGGCAGUCCUUUAAAAGGCAAAAAAAGUAAAGGUAAAGGACUCCUGGACAGUUAAGUCUAGUCAAAGGCAACUAUGGGGUUGGGGGUGCUCAUCUUGCUUUCAGGCCGAGGGAGCUGGCGUUUGUCCACAGACAGCUUUCUGUGUCAUGACUAAACCACUUCUGGUGCAACGUGACAGAAGCCAGAGCGCACAGAAACGCCGUUUAUCUUCCCACCGGAGCGGUACCUAUUUAUCUACUUGCACUGGCGUGCUUUUGAACUGCUAGGUUGGCAGGAGCUGGGACAGAGUGACAGGAGCUCACUCCGUCGCACAGAUUCGAACCGCUGACCUUCUGAUCAGCAAGCCCAAGAGGCUCAGUGGUUUAGACCACAUCGCCAAACACGAUCACCCCUGAGAUGCCCAGAAGAAGGCAAGCAGGAGGAAGAUGGCCGCCAUAGGGCAAGUAGAGGAGCAAGCUGUUGCAGCUGCUGGGGUUGAGGAGCAGGAGGCAGCAAGUACCUGGCAGAGGUGAACGCUGGGCUCUGGGCACCAGUCGUGCAGCAGUGAGGAGAGGAAGUGGCAGUGGGGGUACCAGCUCUGCUUGAGGGGUACAGGGUGUGGUGUUGCUGCUGCCGGUGGCAAGGCGGGGGGGGGGUGCAGCUCCUGCCCCCACCCCAAACCAAGCUCUUCCACUUCUCUCCUCUUCCUCUCAGGGUGACACCCUGAAGCAGCUGGCUUCAGGCUGCUUCACGGACGGGCUGGCCGUGGGUGUGUGUUUUGUAUUGGUGCAUGAACCUGUCCUCAGAAUACCCUUACGCCUUUUCACCGAGAAAAAAGAGAAAUAAUCCAGCAUAGAAGAGAAAGAAACGAUCUAGUAUAGUGUGGGUGGGAAAUGGUUUACCUUGGCUGCAGUGGUCAAAAUUAAGGCAGUGGAGUUUUGCCCCAGCUGAAGCUUCCAUGUCAUCUCUGAGGGCAGCCCCAUGUAUAACACAUUGCAGUAAUCUAGCCCGGACGUUACCAGAGGCAUGAACCACAUCAACAAGGUGAGAUUCAUUUAUUGAAGGUGGUGAAAGGCACUUCAGCAAUGCUGGUUCGAUACCUGCUCUUUCACGGUGUGCAUACUCUUAUCUAAAGGUAAAGGGACCCCUGACCAUUAGGCCCAGUCGUAACAGACUCUGGGGUUGCGGCGCUUUAUUGGCCGAGGGAGCCGGCAUACAGCUUCCGGGUCAUGUGGCCAGCAUGACUAAGCCGCUUCUGGCGAAUCAGAGCAGCGCACGGAAACGCCACUUACCUUCCCGCCGGAGCGGUACCUAUUUCUCUACUUGCACUUUGACGUGCUUUCGAACUGCUAGGUUGGCAGGAGCUGGGACAGAGCAAAGGGAGUUCACCCCGUCGCGGGGAUUCGAACCACCGACCUUCUGAUCGGCAAGUCCUAGGCUCUGUGGUUUAACCCACAGCGCCAUCCGCGUCCCUCUUACCUACAACUAGUCAAAUGUCAAUUUCCCGGACAAGAGAACUACCUACCCCCAGUGCCUCCAUUUUGUCAGAAUUCAGUUUUGGUUGAUUGGCCCUCACAUUGCCGCGUCCAGGCAUAAAUUUUAACACCUGUCUCAGGUGACAAAGAGAAACAGAACAGUGGCAUAUUGAGGGCACCCCACACCAGUGGGGAGACUGUGGCUCUCCAGAUAUCCUCAUCCCUGAGAACUGGCUGUGGUAAGUGGGGCUGAGGGGGGCAGGAGUCCAAGAACAUCUGCAGAGCCACAGGUUCCCCACCCAGUUAAAGAGUGUGAAGGGCAAAAUGAAACUUUGCAGAGCUCUAUAGCAUAGGCUGGGACGCGGGUGGCGCUGUGGGUUAAACCACAAAGCCUAGGGCUUGCCGACCAGAAGGUCAGCGGUUCGAAUCCCCAUGACGGGGUGAGCUCCCAUUGCUCGGUCCCUGCUCCUGCCAACCUAGCAGUUCGAAAGCACGUCAAAGUGCAAGGAGAUAAAUAGGUACUGCUCUGGCGGGAAAGUAAAUGGCGUUUCCGUAUGCUGCUCUGGUUCGCCAGAAACAGCUUAGUCAUGCUGGUCACAUGACCCGGAAGCUGUAUGCCGGCUCCCUCGGCCAGUAAAGCGAGAUGAGCGCCACAAUCCCAGAGUCGUCCGUGACUGGACCUAACGGUCAGGGGUCCCUUUACCUAUAGCAUAGGUUAAAUAAGGUUGAGCAGCAAACUCCCAAUGUUACUUUCUGAAACCAAUCCUGUACAGUGGCACCUUGGUUUAAGAACAGUCCGGUUUAAGAACGAUUUGGUUUACAAACUCCGCAAAACCGGAAAUAGUGUCUUGGUUUGAGAACUUGACCUUGGUCUAUGAACAGAAUCUGAACGGUGGAAGGGCACCGGCGGCGGGAGGCCUCAUUAGGGAAAGUGUGCCUUGGUUUAAGAACGGCUUUGUUUUAAGAACGGACUUCCGGAACAGAUUAAGUUCGUAAACCGAGGUACCACUGUAGAUGGGAGUGGGACCACUGCACCCCCUGCUCCAGCCCACACAGCAGAUCCAGUAGGAGAUCGUGGUUCGACCUCAGAGAGGAGAUUGAAGAUAAAGCAAUCAUGCUUGCACUGCCUAUCUCUCUUGUGCAAGAGGUCACGCACAGGGCAGUUCUGGUGCCACCCCUUGACCUGAACCUGAAUUGAAAUGUCUAGAGAUAUCUAUCUUCCAAUUGUGCCUGGAGCCAGACACCCGCAAUCUUCUUGAACACCUCACCUGCAAAAAACAAAACCAAAACAGGCUAUUGGGAACAGGGUGGUUACAAUUUUCUGAAUUCAGGGUGGGUUUCUUAAGAAGUGGCCACACAGCUGCCUCUUUCAAGUAGGCCAGGACCUCACCCUCUUGGGAUGUGGCAUUUAUUAUCUCCGGGAUCUACUCAGCCAAUCGCUUUGGGCUAGCUGCAAUUAGCCAAGGUGGGCAAGGGUCAGAAAGGGUCAAGUUGCCAGCCAAACGCACCAUGUCCGCACCGACUGAAACCGAUGCCGUAAACUCAGACUAGACUUCAUAUUACAUACCUGCACAGGAAUUAUACCAGGACAGGCACAGAGGUCAGAGGGGAUAUGAUUCUGUUGCACGUGUGGGUUGGCCGCUGGGAAUUUGGUUCCUUUCCUUUUCCAAGAAUGCUUUGAUUAACAACUCCCCCUCUUCUCUUUCUGCAGAGUGGAGAGAUGGAGAUCCACAACCCACUCUUUGAUACCUCCACAUUAAACCGAUGCCCUCCUUAA